AUGCAAGUGAAUAGCGAAGACAUCACCGUUGCUUGGGGAAAGCAACCCCACCCACUGGAUGCUCAAUACGGAAAAUGGCGCCUUGCUGUUUUCCAGGACGUCCAAGAAGCUGUCGAUGCUAGCAAACUCUACUUCUUGUAUGAUCCGGAGCUGGAUGAAUUGAGUGGAACAACUGGACUCCGUAAAGGAUAUCCUGGGCUUAUCAUUUUUGAUCUCAAUCUUCGAUGCUUUGCUGGCGAAAUUUCUCUUCAUUGCCCUGGAAAGAUGAAGCAACUAUUUUCAUUGAAGUGCCCAUCUCCACAAGGUGGAUCUUCCUUCAUUUUGAUCACUGAAGAAGAGAUCUACGGACAAAUUAGACUAAACGUGCUCCGCAUCGAUCUUGCCCAGGAUGGUUUGUCGGUUGCGAAUGUUCGUCCACUCGUCAACACUCCACUCCAAAUUGGUGGAGAAUAUAUUUGCACCAUGCGCGAUGACAUUCCCGAAAUUAUUGUCAUGGGAAACCCAGGACUCCAGGUAUGGCGCAUUGACUGUAUGGCUGAAUCUGCUCAGCAGCCAGUCGCAAAUUUUACGGUGCCAGGAGCUGAUUUGACUCAUUUCUAUGACGGAUUUGUCAACAAUGGAAGAAUCAUUUUUUUGUCAGCGACACCAGAUAACCAUUUCGACAAUACACGAGUCCACAUCAUCAACUUGAAUAACCCACAAACGAUUACUUCUCAAAACUGUUCGCCCGAUCCAAAUCGCGGAAUGCCGAUUCCGCGGAAAUUGUGCGGAUUAGACUCCAUCUCUAACGCAAUUCUCAUGGCUGGUGGUGAAAUUGAUCGUGGAAAUGGUGUGUUCGAAAGAUUGACCGAUUACUGGGUUCUCGACACAAGAACGUUCCAGUGGACUCAGGUUCCAGCUACUAUGUCGUGCCCACUCAUCGAGCCACGUCUUACUUCGGCACAUUCUGGAAACAUUUACGUUUGGGGAGAUUUCGAUCAACCGCUGCCAGGAAUGCCACCAGAGGGAACUCAUCUCCGUAUUCUUCGUGUGACUGGACUCGAAAAAGCCAACAACCCCCCGGGAUAUACUCCAUAUGCAACACCUGCACCGCCAGCUUAUCCAAGUCUUGAUGACAAAUCAACGCCGUAUCCGCCGGCGCCAUCACAAGGCGGAUACCCUCCUGCUCCAUCUCAGGGUGGUAGUGCCCUUCCGCCAUAUCCUGCAUAUAACCCGAACCAAGGAAACUAUGGAAAUGCAAGUUAUCAAGGUGGGCCUUCGGGUCAAUACCCACAAAAUUCUUACGCAACUGGAGAAAUUCAAAUUCCUCAACAGCAGGGCCAUGAUUUGCAUGGUUCAUAUGCAACUACUCCAAGCGGACAAACUGCUUUCUACCCAAAAAAGAAGAAGAGCUGCAGCAUUCAUGCUACUGUUUAUUGCCGGUAUUUCGAUAGAAACAAAAAAGAAAUUGACGAGCCAGUUCAAAGUUUAAUUUAUCCAUUGUUCACUAUAUACUGUCCGAGAAAGGAAAAUAUUGAUGGGAUUGCGAUUAGCGAAACCCCAAAUUUGGAACUUUUCGGCUAUGAUAUCGAACCUGUUGAAAAUAAAGUAUUUAAAGGUAUGCAGAAAUAUGAUCAUCAUCUUGCGCAUUGCGUUGCUCCUAUUUUUGGCAGCGAACCAAAAUGGAUGUAUAUUGUUGAAAUGAUCGAGCAUUACAAGUUGCAGGGGGUCACAAAGUUUUAUGUUUACUACAGAGAAUUGAGCAAAUACGAUAUGAAAUUGCUAAAGAGCUACGAAGACACAGGCGAAGUAGAAAUCAUAAAUGUUCCUUCGUAUUUCCUUGACAACAUUUCCCAACAGUUAUAUGGAAUAUCUGAUUGCCUUCUUCGAAGUAAAACUGUUGCCAAAUGGUCUAUAUUUUCUGAUAUUGACGAAAGAAUGUUGAUGGUGAACGCAUCUGAGACAUUAGGAAGCUUUCUGAGUAAACUUGCCAAUGAGUCAAUUGGAUCCGUACUAUUCCGUCAACGAUGGAUAAUGAAAAGAAAGAAAUCUCCGGAGGCAUUCACAUCGAAAAAACAACUCUUCGAAAAUCUCCCAACGAACAUAUGGCACGAAACUAGUGCUCCCGGCAUGAACUGCAGCAAAAUUCCAAGUUGUUGGGGCAAACACAUUGUUAAUAAUGAUAAAGUACUUCAUAUGGGUGUGCACGAUGUUGAAGAAUUUGAAGGAGACUUUACAACGUUUGACUUGGAUCCAGAAGUCGGACAUAUAAGGCAUUAUCGAGAUGUUUACAUGGAGAACUGGGAAGUCAAAAACAUUAAUACGAUUCUAAAGUUUGGAGCAUUUACCAACACUUCAUAUCCAGAGCAUCUAUCCAAACAACUACAAAAUAAUAUAAUAGAGCGCCUUGAAAAAGUUUAUUUGAAAUAA